AUGGGCAUUGGCGAGAAGCCGGGAUACAUUAUCGCCGUGCGUGACCCUCCAGUGGUGUGUAGAAGAGAGCAUGAGUCUGAUGGAUGGCCGAGAGAUAUGCGGACGAGUCGUAAUGACGCUGUGGAACGAGGAGAGAGCGCGAGAGAAGGCCGUAGAGUCGACGAGGAGCCGCCGCCCUCCACUCUCUCCUACCCUCUCACAAACCCUUCUCUCCCUCCUCGUCUCCGGAACAAUUGA